AUGCAGAAUCCGCUGUCGCUGUCGUUCUUCGGCAUGUCCUCAAGACCACCCAGUACGGACGCUGCAAGGCAAUACGUCACAUCGUAUAUUCUCCAUCCAUAUGCAUUGGCUCUGCUACGAAGCAUAAUGUCACUGUAUUGCUUCAGUACCAUCAUAAUCGGCUAUUCCUGGCUGGCGCACGACUCGGCACCGAACACGCUGAAAGACAUUCACAUCCCGACCUAUACGCUGCUCCUAGACGUCGGCUUCAUUGGGGAGUCCUUCAGCUUCUUCACGUUCCUCACAUGGUGGUCCUUGGCUUUCUACUUCGGAAUUUCGGCUUUCCAUACAUUCGACUACGCCCGUAGCCUUCGACGGGGAGGCAAGCCAGACGAGCUCCUUCAGCGGUCUUUCUCCUACCAUUGGAGCUUCGAGCUUGCAUAUAGCCUGUGGCACACGACAGUCACGACAUAUCCUUUUCUGGUCAGCAUUGUCUUCUGGGCAAUGAUGUACGGAUCACCUUGGCCAACCAGCAAAUUUGCGCAAUGGAUCAACAUCUCCGUUCAUGGACUGAACAGCCUGUUCACAAUUUUCGAAGUCGUGUUCAGCGCAGCCCGACCGCCCGCGUUUCUUGGCCACUUGCUCGUCGUUAUGCUCGUUCUCAGCAUGUACCUGGGCCUGGCUUAUCUGUCCAAGGCAACCGCGGACUUCUAUCCUUAUGCUUGGAUGGACCCACAAUUUGGAUGGCAAGGCAUUGUCGCCCAUGUUUUUGGAUAUGCCGGAGGAAUGAUCGGCAUCUACAGUGUUGUCUGGGGUGUAAAAUGGAUCACGAGUCGCAUUGCGGAGGGUCCGCGAACGAACAGUGACAGCGCUCUGACUGAAGAUGACGAGAAGACGAUAUGGUCAAAGCCUGACUCGUCGUGCUCGACUCACAAUGAUUCGAAAGAGUGGAAGGAACCUGUUGUGAUAGUUGUGGAAGAGCUGUAG